AGAGAGAGAGAGAGAGAGAGAGAAGAGGAGGAGGAGACACACAAAUACCUAUACAAGUGUCCAGUGUUGAAACGCAGGCCAUCCCGUUCGUAUUCAAUAUAACAUUAACUCUCGUCAAGUUUAUUAUCUGUCAGCUGGGAUUUUGUCUGUCCAUUUUAACGGCUUGUUUUGUUCGUUUCCGUGUCGGUCUCGUCGGAUUUGUGGUGGAUGUUCAGUGUCUGGCUAGCGAGCACAGCUAACCGCAGCUAGCCGGAUCAAUCUGUUUCCUCGGCCUCAGGAGCCCAUUACACACACAAAAUGGCAUUAAAACGAAUUCACAAGGAACUGACUGAUCUGGGCCGGGACCCUCCAGCACAGUGCUCAGCAGGACCGGUUGGAGAUGACUUGUUUCACUGGCAAGCAACAAUUAUGGGACCUAAUGACAGUCCAUAUCAAGGGGGUGUGUUUUUCUUGACCAUUCAUUUUCCUACAGACUACCCUUUCAAACCACCUAAGGUUGCAUUCACCACAAGAAUUUAUCACCCAAAUAUUAACAGUAAUGGCAGCAUCUGUUUGGAUAUUCUAAGGUCACAGUGGUCUCCUGCGUUAACAAUCUCAAAAGUUCUAUUGUCCAUCUGUUCACUGUUAUGUGAUCCAAACCCAGAUGAUCCAUUAGUGCCAGAGAUAGCACGUAUCUAUAAAACAGACAAUGAAAAGUACAACAGAAUAGCUCGGGAAUGGACUCAAAAACCUCAGCUGUUUGAUGUUGAUUCUGAGCAUCGGAUAUCAAUCAGGAAAGGAAUCAUGGCUGGAGAGGAUCCUUACCCAGGAGUGUACAUGGAACAUAUUGCCCCUUUCCAUGACGAUACAAUGUGGAUGACCAUGGACCCGACACCGUUCCCGGGCAUCCACAACAAUAAUGUUAUGAGGACAGUCGAUGGACCUUAUCUGCGAAUUGUCGAACAACCAAAACAGAGGGGCUUCAGGUUCCGGUAUGGAUGUGAGGGCCCCUCCCACGGAGGACUCCCAGGGGCCUCCAGUGAGAAGAACAGGAAGUCUUACCCACAAGUGAAGAUCUGUAACUACCAGGGUGCCGCUCGAGUGGUAGUUCAGCUGGUGACACACUCCGCAGAGAUCCAUCUUCAUGCUCACAGCCUGGUGGGCAAACAGUGCGAUAAAGGAAUCUGCAUUGCCGACUUGCAGUCAAAAGAUUCAAGCAUCAGUUUUCCUAACUUGGGCAUUUUGCACGUGACAAAAAAGAACGUAAGCAAAGUUUUGGAAGAGAGGAUGAUCGAGGCCUACAGGAUGGGAUUUAACUACGGCAUAUCCAUCCAUCCUGACAUUGAUGCCCUACAAGGAGAGGUUCGCAUGCCCAGAGAGCUCACAGAUACUGAGAGGAACCUGAUUAGCAGCGCAUCUAUUCAUCAGUCAAAGGAGAUGGAUCUGAGCGUGGUGCGGCUCAUGUUCACAGCCUUCCUGCCCGACAGUGAUGGAGGCUUCUCCCGCAGACUGGAACCGGUCAUUUCAGACCCCAUCUUUGACAGCAAGGCCCCAAAUGCCUCCAAUCUGAAGAUAGUGCGGAUGGAUCGGACCGCCGGCUGUGUGACUGGAGGAGAGGAGGUCUAUCUGCUGUGUGACAAAGUCCAGAAAGAUGAUAUCCAGGUGCGGUUUUAUGAAGAAGAUGAGUCAGGUGUAACCUGGGAGGCCUACGGGGAUUUCUCCCCCACCGAUGUCCACAGACAGUUUGCCAUCGUCUUCAAGACGCCUAAAUAUCGGGACCAGAACCUCCAGAAGCCCAUCUCUGUGUUUGUGCAGCUGAAAAGGAAGUCAGACAAUGAAACGAGUGAACCCAAGCCUUUCACCUACCAUCCACAGAUUAUAGACAAAGAAGAAGUCCAAAGAAAGAGACAGAAGACACUGCCAAACUUUCAGGACUACAGUGGUGCAGGAGGCGGAGCUGGGGGCAUGUUUAGAGGAGGAGGGGGUGGGUCUACAGCAGGGGGCGGUCCCAGUGGAGGAGGAGGAGGACAUUACUUCCAGGGAUUUCAAACCUAUAACAAUUGCGGGACUGGAUAUAACUUCUCCUCAGGCAUGGGAGGAGGCGGGACCACCAUCAAGCAUGCAUAUCAAGAACCAGUGGAAGACAGUGAUGAAGACAGUGAUGGUGAUACCGAUAAUGAUCCGGCAGCAGGUGGGGUGGUGCGAAUCUGUGCCCAUCCUGAUCCAGUUGAUUUGGGAGUGACAAGUGAGGACACAGAGCCUACAGAAAAUCUGGAGUUAAACACCACAGGCUGUGUGUUAGAGCCGCAUUUGGCUGAGCUAGCUGGAAGACAGGCUCAAGCUCUCUUUCAUUACGCAGUUAGCGGUGAUGCUAGAAUGCUUCUGGCUCCACAGCGCCCCCUCAUGACCACUCAAGACGAGAACGGAGACACGAGUUUACAUCUGGGAGUGAUCCAUAGUCAGACAGAUGCCGUGCGAAAUCUAGCACAAGUCAUCUCGGCUCUCCCUGGAGAGGACAUACUCAACAUUAGGAAUGAUCUGUACCAGACUCCUUUGCACCUAGCAGUGUUGACACUGCAAAAAGAGGCGGUCGAGGCCUUGUUGGAGGCCGAGGUGGAUGUCACGCUCACAGAUCGCAAUGGAAACACGGCACUUCACCUGGCGGCUCAGCAGAAAGAGGGUAGCAUGCUGCGAUUGCUGCUAAAGUACAAAUCAGUGGAGCAAUUAACCAGCAUCCCCAACACAGCAGGUCUCUGUCCGCUUCACCUGGCUGUACAGGCAAACAGUUUGAGUAGUGUGCGAGCCCUGCUGGAUGGCGGGGCAGAUGUGGACAUCCAGGAGAUCACAUGUGGCCGCACAGCACUUCAUCUGGCUACAGAGCUGGGAAACCUUUCCCUCGCCGGCUGCCUUCUGCUGGAGGGUAAUGCAUAUGUAGACAGCAUCACUUACAAUGGUUCGACUCCUCUGCACAUUGCUGCGGGACGUGACUCAACCAAACUGUGCGCGCUCUUGAUGGCUGCCGGAGCAGAUCCUCAUAAAGAAAACUUUGAACCACUGUUCUUCAAAGAAGAUGAGUUGUGUGGUACAUGUGAGGAGGAGGAGGAAGAUGAAGGCUUUAUUCCUGGGACAACCCCUAUGAACUUGGCAACCUCCCCAGAGGUGUAUGAUAUUCUUAAUGGAGAAGAGUAUCAGCUCACCACCACUGUUGUUCCACCACAAGGUGACAUGAAGAGCUUGAGCUCUGACACAAAGCAGGAGCUGUGCCAGGCCCUGGAAGGACCGACGGGAGGCUGGGAGAGUCUGGCUCAUGCUCUGGGACUGGGCAUCCUGGCCAGUGCCUUCAGACUCAGCUCCUGCCCUGCUGGAAAGCUGCUGGACAGCUAUGAGGUGUCUGGAGGAACGGUGCGUGAGCUGGUUGAGGGACUGAAGCAUGUUGGGAACAGCAGUGCUGUCAGUUUACUCCAGGCCAUGUGCAAGGAGCCUGAAGCGGUUCACACCACGCCUCAGCUCACAGGUCCAGGGCUCUGUAAGCCCAUUCAGGGAUUGACACUGGGCCCCCAUCAGGAAGAGAGUGGGAUAUGUGACAGCGGGGUGGAGACCUCUUUCUAGAGCCCCAACCUCAGUCUUGCCGACUCCAAACACAAUCGCACAAACUGAGGCCUGACCCUAUAAAACAGCUUCUCCCUCCUCACUACAGCACCACUCAACCUCAGGAUACGCCUCCAAACUCUUUGAUUGGUCACCGUCCAGUGUGGAUGCUCCGCCCACAAUGCAAAUGAGGGAACUUUGAGUCUUUAAAGGGAUAGUCCACCCUAAAAUGAAAAUGUUGUCAUUAACCACUUAAUUCAUAUGUCGUUCCAAACCCGUAAAAGCUCUGUUCGUCUUCGGAAUAUCAUUUAAGAUAUUUGGGAUGAAAACCUGGAGGCUUGAGACUCUCCCAUAGACUGACAAGUAAAUAACAGUGUCAAGGUCCAGAAAAGGUAUGAAAAGUCAUCGUCAGAAUACUCUGCCAUCAUACAUGCAAUCUGGGUUAUAUGAAGUGAUGGGAACUCUUUUUGUAAGCAAAGACAACAGUCUCCGACAUGAACGACAUGGGGGUAAAAGAUUAAUGACAAAAUUUUCAUUUUGGGAUGGAUUAAUAACACUUUAAGUUUUCUGGCCACAGGGAUUAUUUUACAAUUUUAUUUUAUUUUUUAUUUUUUACUUUUAAUAGAAAUAAUACCAAAAAGCACUUAUUUGAACAUUUUAUUUUGUCAUUGUAUAGGAGCUAAAUUUUCUUGCCAUUUUUUUUUUAAUUUCCAAAUAUCUAUUUUCUGUUGUGCUAAAGCUGAGGGAGCAGAUGAAGUCCAGAGCCCAUGUGUAACAUCUAUAGUUAUAUUAAGAAACUGGUUUGAUUAGUCUGGCCUCAACUAUUUGUGUCCUUUUUGUUAUUAUAUUUUAACAAACAAUCCGGUUUAAGAACAGCACCUUCAGUUUAAAUAAUGUGCAGACUUCCUCCUGUAGCCAUUUGGUUACAAAGGGUUUUCAUCUGUAGCGCAAAAUGCAAUGAUGUAUAGGAAGAGGAAGAGCAUAAGAGGAGGUCUUCUGGAUUAUUAUGACCCUCUCAACCAAUACGUCUGUUGAAUGAUGGAAAAAAAACGAUUCUCUUCAUAAAAAAAAAAAAAAAAAAAAAAACUCCAAAAAGACCUAUUCAACUCUUGUGUGUACUUGUGCUGUGAUGUACAGCAUUAUUUGGGGUGGCAAUUGGAUUUCUUUUGCAUUUAGUGGUGCUACCUGUAACUCCUAUAUUUUGAUCAUGGGUUUCAAAAAUAAAUAAGCUUUGAGAGAAUAUACUCUCUUUCACAUUUUUGAUACAUACAUAUAUAUAUAUAUAUAUAUAUAUAUAUAUAUAUAUAUAUAUAUAUAUAUAUAUAUAUAUAUAUAUAUAUAUAUAUAUAUAUAUAUAUUCUGUUAUAAAAGAAUAGGGAGGUCAGUCCUGGGCAGUGAUUGGAGAGUGUUUGACUAGAUUUUGAUGGACUGUGUGUGUGUUUGUUUGUUUGUGUAUGUGACUUUGAGGAGCUUUACAGGAAGUAUUUGUAUGAGCAUUGUAAUAGCCAGAUGCCUCAAAUGCCCUUCAUGAAACAUUUGUAGUUACAUACAUUGAAUCUCAUUCCCUUCUGCUGUGUAAACUCAGGCUGUAUAAAACAAAAUAUCACUCCGGUAAUAUGCUGAUCUAAGAUCAGUUAUGUUCUUCUUUUUUUUUUUUUUUUAAACAUGGCCUUUGACCUUUGAACUGACUUAGGGACUCGUGUCACCAAAAUGUGUUUAGCUGGCAUAAUAUUUCCAUACUAUGGUGUAUAAUGUUUAAAAAGCAACAACAUCACCUGAAACCCCAAAAUAAAGGUUUGACAGGCACUAUAAUUUUUUUUAGCUGUAAAUUGGUAUUUAUGUCUGUACCCUGUGAAGCAGUGUUGUACAGAGAGACAAAUGUGUGCUUUGGAACUGGUUUUAUUGUGAUACUUUUAUAAUAAAACAAUUCAUUGUGUA